GGUCCUGUCCUGAAGGAUGGAGAAGGUUUGGCUGCAGCUGUUACUACCUCUCUACUGAGAAGAAAUCCUGGGAGGAGAGUAGACAGGACUGUCUGGAGAGAGGAGCAGAUCUGGUGAUCAUUAACAGUGAAGAGGAACAGACAUUCAUCAAUGGGUUUAAAUCAGUCAGUUAUGUCUGGAUUGGUAUGACUGACUCUGUUACUGAGGGGACCUGGAAAUGGGUGGACGGCACCCCACUGACCACCCCAAGGUAUUGGUGGAGUGGAGAGCCUGGUGGUGGUACGUACCAGAACUGUGGGGAAAUCUAUUACAUAUCGUCAAGCCAAGGCGUAUGGAGGGAUUUGGGAUGUUCAUUUUCACAAGAAUGGAUCUGUGAGAAAUAAGCUUCUCAUAGG